CAGUAUAUCAAUCUACGCCGAGGUAGCUACGUCGUUGCAUGUAUAGGUGCUUGGGCGCUCACGCCUUGGAACAUCCUCGCUUCGGCGUCUGCGUUGUUAAACUUCAUGGACGGCUACACGAUUUGGCUGGCACCGAUUACUGGCGUGCUUCUUGCAGACUACUGGAUCGUUCAGCGUCAGUCAUACGUGGUUCCAGAGCUGUAUCAGCCCGAUGCGAGGUACCGAUAUAAC